GGUAGCAAAAGAGUUGGUGUUUUGAUGGUUUUUUUACCUUAAUUUUGAUCGUUUUUUUCAUUUAAUUUUGUUUUUUUUUCUAUUUAAUGUGAUCCUCUAAAGUGACUAUGCCUAAGAGAAGUCGCAUUUGGAACCAUUUUGAAAGGAAACAAGGUGAAGAUCCAAGGUGUUUAAUUUGUUUAAAGCCAGUCAAAGCUAAUGGAAACACUACAAACCUAUUUAAACAUUUGAGGAUUAAUCAUAAUUUUACAUAUGAAGCUGAAUUCGGUGGUUCAUUGGAUUUGACUAGUGAUGGUGAUCAACCCAAAAUAGAUGAAACUUUAAACUUAAUGUGUUCAACCAAAGAUGGUGAUGCUAACAAGCAGUUAAAUAUUAAGAUAGCAUGGUGGGUGAUUUGGAAUGCCUUACCCUUUCGUAUUGUUGAACAACGUGGAUUCAAAGAGCUAAUAAGAUCUCUUAAUAGGAGUUACAAACCACCAUCUAGAGACACAUUAAGAAGAACCAUUGCGAAUUUAUAUGAUGUCAAAUCCAACCAGCUAAAGGUUUUUCUCAGUAAUAUCAAAUGGUUCUCUUUAACCUGUGAUGGAUGGAAGGACAUCAGUAAUCAAACCUCUUUCGUUGGUAUUACUGUUCAUUUUAUUGAUAAUUAUAAAUUGUUAAGUGCAUGCAUCAAAGCUGAUCAAUUCAAAGGAGAGGCAACAUCAGAAAGGAUUGAAAGUUUUAUCAAGAAUACCUGUCAAGAGUUUGACUUGAACUUAGAAAGUCUAGCUGCUAUUACAACUGAUGGAGCUGCCAACUACUCAAAAGCAGCUAAGUCUUGUGGUCCACACAUACAUUGUGUUGCUCAUAAGAUCAAUUUGGUAGUCGAAGAUGCAUUAGAAGCAAGCAUCGACUUAGUCAAUCUAAUCGAUAAAGUGAGAACACUGGUCACUGCUUUCAAGCAAAGUAGUGUACUAAUGUCUGAUCUAACAACAACAAGAGAAGAAAACAACCUUCAACCUUUAAAAUUGAUACAAGAUAUAGUUACAAGAUGGAACUCAACUUAUCAUAUGAUAGCUCGAUAUUUAGAGUUACAUCAAGACAUUUCUAUUGUUCUUUUGAAACAUUCUAGAAGAGGAAUAGAUAUUAGUGAUGAUGAUGUAAACUCUUUACGUCAGAUAUCUAAGGUUUUGAAGCCAUUUAAUGAUGUAACAGAGGAUAUUUCUGGUGAGCUUUAUGUUACGAUAUCUCGUAUCAUACCUUUAUUGGCUAGUGUUAAAGUUAAAUUGGCCCGAAUGAAACCAGAUAUCUCAUUGGUUAAAGCUUUGGUUGAGCGUUUAUCAAAAAAUUUACAAACUCGAUUCGGUUGUAUUGAAAAAAUACGACUAUUCACUUUUUCUACUCUUCUUGACCCUCGUUUUAAAAAACUCGCUUUCUCUUCACCUUCAGAUUGUUCUCUUCAAUAUGUUGAUAUGAGUAAUAUUCUCUCAGAUGUCCAGUUGACCCAAAGGAUUUGUUACGAUUAUGAUGAAGCUGAUGAUGACGAUGAUAUUUGGAAGGACUAUGACAAGAAGGCACGAUCACUAUCUAACCCAGCUGGUGGAAUGCAUAAUGGGCUCAAACAUUACCUGGAGUCUGAUGUAAUACCUCGUAAAGCUGACCCACUCGAGUACUGGAAAAAUAACAAGUCUAUUUACCCUCAACUGCAUAAUUUGGCGAUGCAAUAUCUCUGUAUUCAAGCUACUUCAGUUCCCUGUGAGAGGUUAUUUUCCAAAACAGGUUCAAUAAUAACCGAUAAGAGAAAUAGGAUUAAACCUAAAAAUGUAAACAUAUUGUCUUUCCUAGAAUCUCUGCCUGAUGAGCUCAUUUAAAUCUUCAUCACUCAAACAAUACUUGUAAUAUUUUGAUACUUUUCAAUACUUUCAAUAUUUUUCGAUACCGAGUAUUAAAAAUAUUAUCGAUACUUCCACCAUCAAUACCGAUACUAUCAAUCAA